AUGUUUGCUUAUGACAAUAUAACCCUAGAUCUCGCUGCUGAACCGUACAAUAUGACGUCAUCUGGAUUUGGUCGCAAAAUGGUUAUAGCUGAGAUUGGAGGACCUGGAAAUCUUUUCCCAACUAUUCAUAAAGAGAAAGAAUUUGAUUUGAAGGAAAUUUGUGAGAGUUGCGAAGCCCCAUCGUCGUUUGUAUUCGGACCUGGAGCAGGGCCUUGGAAAGUGGUUGGGAGAAACUGUGAGAUGGUGGCUGACGCGAAUUUCACGUCAUCAAAGGUAGGUUUAGUGAUUUUUCUUGUUCUCGAAUCUUUCAUAGAUACUUCAAAUGUUUUGUUGAUGCAGCUUUUUGUUGAACUUGAGAAAAAAUUAUUCUGCUUGCUUCUGGCUCGUCGUCGAGAGUAA